AUGGUAGAGUACAAUAAGCUUUCUGAGGUUACUUGUAACCCCAAGAUCAGGUCUUGGCGUUUCAUAGUGCAACUACACAGGAUCUACCCUUACACUAUUACCAACCAUCGGCCUUACUAUAAGUAUAUCCUCGCAGAUGAAGAUGUAAGAUACAAGAUGGAGAUGACCACUGAUGGGGAUUAUCUAAAUUUUAGUGGCCUUGAGAAGGAAGAGGGAAUAUUGGUGGAAUUUUUUGUGGUAGAAGUUGAACGGACCUACCCAUGUUUCCAGCAAACUAGCUCUCCGUUCAGACUAAAUGCUUCGCACUGUACGCAAGUCCGCAUCAUCGAACCUCUGAACAGUCGUCUUUUCUUGGACUUCAAAAGCAUCCGUGAAAUCCCUCGCAGGCGCUAG